AUGUGGAGUUUCAGAAAAAAUACACAUACCUUAUUAUGUCAGCAUAAUUCUCGUCAUAAGAUGCAAGCCAGGUCUUUUUGGGAAUAUGUAAACAUGAUGUUUAAUAAACCCGAUCAUGAAAGGAUUAAAACUUUAGGACCAGAUAGAGCUUGUGCUGAAUGGGUCUUGCGAAAUGGUGGCAAAGUAAUCUGGGCAGAUGGAAAGCAGUUAGCAGAUUAUAACUCUCUUCCACCAGAAACAGAAUCUGUUCCAAAAGUUGCAGUCAUUGAUGGAACAGAAUCUUCAAUAUCCCAUUAUGGUUUUUCACACCUUAAUGGAUGUACAAAGUUAUGGAAAAUUAUACUACAUGACAAUAAGUACAUUGACAACAGAGCCAUGGAAGGAUUAGAAUAUGGAAAAGAUUCUCUGACUUAUGUCCAAGUUUCACAGUGCAUUAAUGUAACUGAUGCAGGAUUAAACAAAUUAAGUUUGUUGACUAAGUUACAAACCUUAGUGCUUUUCAAUUUAACGAGUGUAAAUAAUUUAGAGGAAUGUAAAAAACAGCUACAAACUAGUAUACCAAGUUGCAAAAUAUUAGGUGCUGCAAAGACACAAAUUGACAAAUAA